GGAUAGUCGAGUAGGUACAAGACGACACUUUCUCCCUCACUCUCGAAUCAAUCGAUAACCCCUCACUGAAGCCGAAGCCGCCGGAAACUAUGGAGAAUCUGGGCCUCGUUUCUUCACCCAAAAUUGUGCUUGGAGUCUCUCCGAAUCCUAGGAACUCGGUCAUUUCCAGCAAACCAUUGGUAGGUCUUCCUAAUUUACUCAAGAAAACCGGCAACUAUGGCAGACACACCACCAUUCACACUUCCUCGCUCCAAGUCCUUUCUUUGUUUCGCUCGCCUAAACCCACCAAAACUAUAGUGUCAGAGAAAGCUGCGAAGGAUCGUUUUGCUACUAUAUCUUCAAGUGGCCAAGAAACUUCCUCAGUUGGUGUAAAUCCACAGCUUUCAGUGCCACCUUCUUCUCAAGUGGGUUCACCUCUCUUCUGGAUUGGUGUUGGUGUAGGUCUGUCAGCACUUUUUUCAUUUGUGGCUGGUAGAUUAAAGAAAUAUGCUAUGGAACAAGCUUUUAAGACCUUCACACAACAGAUGAAUACUCAGAACAGUCCAUUUGGUAAUGCUGCAUUUUCACCUGGCUCACCCUUCCCGUUUCCACCAGCCACGAGUCCAGCAUUAGAUCCAUUUAGAACUUCAACUCCUCUGGCAUCUCAGCCUAUAACUGUGGAUGUACCUGCAUCAAAGGUGGAGGACCCUCCAUCCAUAUCCGUUAAAGAUGAAGUAGAACAAGAGACUGGACCAAAGAAAUAUGCUUUUGUAGACGUUUCACCAGAGGAAACAUUGCAAAAGAAUGCCUUCGAGAACUACAAAGAAUCAAUUCAGACAGAUUCACCAAAGGAUCCCCAGUCUUCACAGUCAGUUUCUCAAAAUGGCACGGCUUGGAAUCAAGGAGCAGGCGGUUCAGAAGGCCCCACUACCAGUAAAACAGCCCCUCUCAUGUCAGUGGAAGCAUUAGAGAAAAUGAUGGAAGAUCCAACAGUACAGCAAAUGGUUUAUCCUUACUUGCCAGAAGAGAUGAGGAAUCCUACCACCUUUAAGUGGAUGCUACAAAAUCCACAGUACCGUCAACAGCUUCAAGACAUGCUAAACAACAUGGGGGGAACUCCGGAAUGGGACAACCGCAUGAUGGACUCGUUAAAGAAUUUUGACAUCAGCAGUCCCGAAGUCAAACAGCAGUUUGAUCAGAUAGGCCUUACACCUGAGGAAGUCAUAUCUAAAAUCAUGGCCAAUCCUGAUGUUGCUAUGGCAUUUCAAAACCCGAGAGUUCAAGCAGCUAUAAUGGAUUGUUCACAGAAUCCUAUGAGUAUUGCCAAGUAUCAAAAUGACAAAGAGGUCAUGGAUGUAUUCAAUAAAAUAUCAGAACUCUUCCCAGGGGUAGCAGGUUCUUAAGUCUGUGUAGCCACUCUUUUGUUUCCGUGCUAGAACAAGAAAACGCAGCCAGCCACAAAUUACUGCUUCCUGAGUGCAAAUUCACAAGAGAAGGUUGGCAGCAUCAUUAGCUUGGUUUAUCAAAUUCCAGUAUCUGCAUUUUGGUCAUCAGUGAGUAAUAGUGUAAUACAUAAUAGUUGGCUCGGGCACACACACCGUACAAGUUUUGUUAGCUGUUCCAUCCAUUUGAAUACUAAAUCGUGUAUACUCGCGUACUUGUGCCUUCUAUUUAUUGUAACUUCAUAAUGA